UGUUUUUUAGAACACAAGAGCAGCUCCCGGUUUCACAGUGGAGUUUAUUGAAAUCCCCUGCUUCAGAAAGUUGGCUUUAUUUUUUUUGCAGUCCAGGAGAUAUUCAGUAAAGUUUUCAAAUCAUGCCCCUGCGGGUUGUUAUGGAAGGUCCUGGGCCUUGGGGAUUCCGUCUGGUUGGUGGGAAGGAUUUUGAACAACCACUGACCGUCUCACGUGUUACCCUUGGGAGUAAAGCGGCCCUGGCCAACCUCUGUAUUGGAGACACGAUCCUGGCCAUAGGUGGGGAGCCAACUGAGGGCAUGACUCACCUGGAGGCUCAGAACAAGAUCAAAGGCUGCUCGGAGGAAAUGGCCCUCUCCAUUGAUCGGUCAGAAUCCAAAAUGUGGUCCCCGCUAACAACGGAUGAAGGCAAGACCAACCCUUACAAGAUGAACCUGGCGUCGGAACCACAGGAGGUGAAACCCAUAGGCGCUGCCCACAAUAGGAGUGCCAUGCCCUUCUCCCCAGCCGGCUCCAAGGUGGUCACCAGCCAGUACAACAACCCGGCUGGCCUGUAUUCUUCUGAGAACAUCAAGAGCUUCAACACUGCUGUGGAUGAUGUCCAGACGGUUGCCACCUCCAACGAAUCUGGCAAUGUGCCAGAUUCCACCAAGGCUGCCGGGAAGCCUGGGAUUCCCGCUGACUCGGAAGUGUACAAAAUGCUUCAGGAGAACCAGGAAUCCAACGAGCCGCCCCGACAGUCUGCAUCUUUCAUGGUGCUGCAGGAAAUUCUUGAAACAGGAGACCCCGAAAAACCCUCAGGCUUCAGAAGUGUGAAGGCUCCCUCCAACAAAAUGGGUGUCUCUGUGGGGAGAGCAGACAAACUGCCCAUCUGUGACAAAUGCGGCUCAGGAAUUGUGGGGAUGGUUGUGAAGCUGCGAGACAAGUUCCGCCACCCAGAGUGCUACACCUGCUCAGACUGCGAUGUCAACCUCAAGCAGAAGGGCCACUUUUUUGUGGAGGACAAGAUCUACUGCGAGAAGCAUGCACGUGAACGGGUCACCCCGCCCGAGGGCUACGAUGUGGUCACGGUCUUCCCAAAGUAAAGUGCCAAUAUGACUUCCCGGAUAUCCAACCUGGAAACGAGACUGGAGGAAAUAUCACAGGAAUUACCUGAAAACAUUCCAGAAAAUGUAAUGAGUUCCGUAAAUGGAAGUGGUUGACGGCACAUGGCAUUGUCAGAGUGAUCAGAUUGGUGUCACCAGUCUUACGUAUGACAGGAUUAUGAUGUGUAUUAAUGCUGCCAUUUAGUAUGUAAAAUGUUUGCACAUAUACUUUUGGAAAAUGUAUAAGUAUAGAAGUCCACGGAUAAGGCUUUCAGAAGGGUGCCACAGAAAGAAAAUGGUUCAAACUUUGUGUAUAGCACACAUGCUAAAUCAGAAUAUCCUUCAAGCAAAUAUGCCAAAAACUGCCUCAAAUUAAGCCAAAUCUGUGUUUGUACUUUUUUAUAUGAUGAAUUUGUAAAUACGUCCAGGGUGUAAAAACACUGAACCAGUGUAUGUCUCAGAUUUUAAACCAGCAUCAAGACAGGCUCAACCAUCGCUUUAUUUGAUAUAAUAACUUUCUACGCCCUUCAUGAUGGGUUUAUAUGAAUCACCAAAAACAACAGACUCUUGCAAUACAUGUAACUAAAUAAAUAAAUAAACAUGUUUUUACUUGA